UAUUGUCUACUGUAUAUACAUAUAUAUAAUUCGCGAAGCCAUGGACUACAUGCACUUUAUUUCUUGUGACCGUAUAAAGUGGGGUUUCCCAUGCAUCAAUAAUCACACAGAGACUUAGCAUUUGUGCCAAGCAACUCAAGCAAACUCCUUCCUUUCCUUCCUCAUCAUCGGAGCCAGUUUUUGCAAUCGUGAUCAAAGAAGAUGUGGAGGAUUAAGUUUGGAGAAGGUGCAAACGACCCCUUCUUGUUCAGCACAAACAACUUCCAUGGAAGGCAGACAUGGGAGUUCGACCCAGAUGCAGGUACCGAGGAGGAACGAGCAGAAGUUGAAGCUGCUCGUGAGCAUUUCUACCAAAAUCGCUUCAAGGUCACGCCUAGCAGUGACCUCCUAUGGCGUUUUCAGAUUUUAAGAGAAAAAAACUUCCAACAAGAAAUUCCUCCUGUAAGAAUUGGGGAGGGUGAGGAGAUUACAUAUGAUCAGGCCACAGCUGCAUUCAGGAGGGCUGCUACCUUCUGGAAUGCCUUGCAAUCACCCCACGGACAUUGGCCUGCUGAAAAUGCUGGCCCAAACUUUUACUUCCCUCCCUUGGUCAUGGCUGCAUACAUUCCAGGAUAUCUCAAUGUUAUUUUCUCAGCUGAGCACAAGAAGGAAAUCUUGCGGUAUACAUACAACCAUCAGAAUGAAGAUGGUGGGUGGGGACUGCACAUAUCAGGCCCUAGUAUGAUGUUUACUACAUGCCUUAACUACUGUAUGAUGCGUAUUCUUGGAGAGGGCCCUGAUGGUGGGCGUGACAAUGCAUGCGCAAGGGCACGAAAGUGGAUUCUUGAUCGUGGUGGUGCUUACUAUUCUGCAUCAUGGGGAAAAACUUGGAUGGCAAUUCUUGGUGUGUAUGACUGGGAAGGCAGCAACCCAAUGCCCCCGGAAUUCUGGACUGGGUCUACACUGCUUCCUUUUCAUCCAUCAAAAAUGUUCUGCUACUGUAGGUUGACUUACCUACCUAUGUCUUACUUUUACGCCACAAGAUUUGUUGGCCCGAUCACUCCUCUGGUUGAGGAAUUGAGACAAGAAAUUUACUGUGAACCUUACAGCGAAAUUAACUGGUCUAAAGUGCGCCAUUGGUGUGCACCGGACGAUAACUACUAUCCCCAUGGUCGUGUACAACGUUUUAUGUGGGACAGUUUUUACAAUAUUGCUGAGCCUCUCCUAAAACGCUGGCCCUUCAAGAAGAUCAGAGACAAUGCCAUUCAAUUCACAAUUGACCAAAUUCAUUACGAAGAUGAGAACAGUCGCUACAUUACAAUCGGAUGUGUGGAAAAGCCAUUAAUGAUGCUUGCUUGCUGGGCCGAGGAUCCUAGUGGAGAAGCUUUCAAGAAGCAUCUUCCUAGAGUUACUGAUUAUAUCUGGCUCGGAGAGGAUGGAAUCAAGAUGCAGAGUUUUGGAAGCCAGUCAUGGGAUUGUGCUCUUGUGAUUCAAGCUUUGCUUGCUGGCAAUCUAAAUACUGAAAUGGCACCUACCCUUAAGAAAGCACACGAAUUUCUCAAGAUAUCUCAGGUGAGGGUGAAUACAUCUGGUGACUAUCUAGCUCAUUUCCGUCACGUUUCUAAGGGCGCGUGGACAUUCUCUGACCGUGACCAUGGAUGGCAAGUGUCGGAUUGUACUGCAGAAGCACUGAGGUGUUGCUGCAUUUUCGCAAAUAUGUCCCCAGAACUCGUUGGUGAGCCAAUGGAAGCUGAGUGUAUGUAUGAUGCUGUCAAUGUCAUCUUGACUCUUCAGAGUCCAAAUGGUGGUGUAUCAGCCUGGGAGCCAACAGGAGCACCAAAAUGGUUGGAGUGGCUCAACCCUGUGGAGUUUCUUGAGGACCUUGUCAUUGAGUACGAGUACAUCGAAUGCACUUCAUCUUCGAUCCAGGCCUUAACUUUGUUUAGGAAGUUGUACCCUGGCCAUAGAAGGAAGGAGAUCAACAAUUUCAUCACGAGGGCAGCAGACUACAUUGAAGACAUACAGUACCCUGAUGGCUCAUGGUAUGGAAACUGGGGAAUCUGCUUCGUGUAUGGUACAUGGUUCGCAAUCAAAGGGCUGGAGGCCGCUGGUAGGACAUACAACAACUGCGAGGCAGUGCGCAAAGGUGUUGACUUUUUGCUAAAAACACAAAGGGCAGAUGGUGGCUGGGGAGAGCACUACACCUCAUGCACAAACAAGAAAUAUACAGCUCAAGAUAGCACAAAUUUGGUCCAAACUGCACUCGGAUUAAUGGGUCUGAUUCAUGGUCGACAGGCUGAGAGAGAUCCAACUCCUAUUCACCGUGCUGCUGCGGUGUUAAUGAAAGGUCAAUUGGAUGAUGGCGAUUUCCCACAACAGGAACUGAUGGGAGUUUUUAUGAGGAAUGCUAUGUUGCACUAUGCAGCAUACAGAAACAUCUUCCCAUUGUGGGCUCUUGGAGAAUACCGCACGCUGGUUUCGUUGCCUAUAAAAAAGAUUGCUUGAGCCUUGGAUCACAAGCUAAAGGAAAUUCAUUGGACUUGCCAAUACAACCAGAACCAAUAAAACCUAGUUUUUGUUGUGUCAAUUUUUUUCCUUUCGUCUUUUAUGUCUGUAGAGUUGAUGAACUUGUAACCGCUGAAGAAUGAAAUCUAUGCAAAUAUAUAUAUUUAUAUUU